AGUGGGCUGCAUCAGUGCAGCCUUCAGACCCAGAAUGAAGGAGCUCUUGUGGGUUGCGUGUCUGUACAUCUUCUGUCUUCAUGGGUGUGGAACUCUUGGAGUAAAUGGAAAUGAGGACUUCUUGCUCCUUGCAGGUCCUCUGACUGAAAAUGUGGCCACGAGCUCCGACAAGGAGGGACUCUCUGAGUGCAGCCUUCCCAUAGUUGCUGCUUCUGAGCCGUAUUUGAAGGGGCUGCAGAGCAGAGGGGUGACCCACGUCAAGGUGCCGCUGUCAUGGGCUCAGCUCCUUCCCACGGGUCUGGCCAGCCAGCCCCAGCAGGAUGCGCUCCAGUGUUACAAGACUCUGAUGAAGCAGCUGCUGAAGGUGGGUCUGCAACCUCUGGUCAUCCUCCAUGAAUCAACCGUUCCAGACGCUCUGAGGGCAAGGUAUGGAGGCUGGGAGAGCCAGGAGCUGGUAGACAUGUUCCAGCAGUAUGCAGAGUUCGCCUUCAGGGAGUUUGCAGAUCUGGCACACUCAUGGGUGACUGUCAGUGACUUGGGCAGCAUCUGGCAGAACGGACCGACUGCUCAGCAAAAUAUUCUGCAGCUCAACAAGAAUGUUUACAAGAUCUUCCAUGAACAUAUUCCAAGCAAAUUGUUUGCAGGGAGGAAAUUAUCCUUUGGUCUGGAAACAAAAGACAUGGCGACAGUUCCCCACAUGGAAGCGUCAACAGCUGCCGAUUUCCUUUCCGUGCACGUUCAAUACAGUUGUGGCUCCCCAGCAGACUUUGAACAGCAGCUGAGGAACUUACAGAUAUCUAGUGGAAACUUGCCCAUCCUCAUUUACAAGAUGACUGUUCAUGAAUGUGCCCACAGCCAGCAACAGCCUGUGGAAAAAUUACUACAUGUACUACAGAGCAGUGGAUUGAAUAUUAUUGGAUGCGACAUCGUCGACAUCUUACUAAACAUGGAUCAAAGGGAUGCUUCAUUGAGGAGUUCUGGUCACCCAGUGUCCAGGAACAGUUAUCAGAGUGUUUGGGAUAAAUUUGGCUCCCAAACAGCAGCAGAACGAGACGUGUUCCUUGAUGAGUCUUUCCCUUCCGGUUUCCAAUGGACAACCUCUGCAGAGUCUUUCAAGGUGGAGGGCGGCUGGUUGGAAGGCGGCAAAGGAGAAACCAUUUGGGAUCGCUUUGGCCAUGAUAACUUAGCCUUUGAAAAUCAGACAGCAGAUCUCGCUUGUGAUAGCUACAACAAAGUGGAAUAUGAUGUCUACCUGUUGAGAGGUCUUCAAGUCAAUACCUAUCAGUUUUCCAUCUCCUGGGCUCGAAUUUUCCCAUCAGGCCACAGAGACAGCCAAACAGAGAAAGGAGUUCUCUACUAUGACAAGCUCAUCAAUACGCUCAUAGAAUCUGGCAUCCAGCCUGUCGUCACACUCUACCACUGGGAUCUGCCACAGGCCCUCCAGGACAAUGGUGGAUGGACCAACCCAACUAUAGUUGAUGCUUUCAAGGACUAUGCAGACUUCUGCUUCUCCAGGUUUGGAGACAGAGUCAAGACCUGGAACACAUUUAGUAGCCCCUGGGUGGUGAGCCAUGCUGGACAUGGUACUGGUGAGCAUCCUCCUGGAGUAAAAGACUACGCUUCAUCCUCUUAUCAGGUCACUCACAACAUUAUCAAGUCUCAUGCUGAGGCUUGGCAUGUCUAUAAUGACAACUACAGGGCAACUCAGGGAGGGAAAGUGGGCAUAGCACUUAAUUCUGACUGGGCUGAGCCCAAAACCCCAACCAACUCUGAAGACAUUGCAGCUGCAGAUCGCUACCUGCAGUUCAUGCUGGGCUGGUUUGCACAUCCCAUUUUUGUAGAUGGAGAUUAUUCUGUGGCACUGAAAACACAAAUUGAGCUGAAACUGAAAGAGUGCCCCAGCUCUCCGCCAGCAGUGCUCCCAGUUUUUACCUCUGAAGAGAAGGCCAGAAUAAAGGGAACAGCUGACUUUUUUGGUCUAAACCAUUUUACCUCUCGGUUGGUAAAUACCGUUAAAGGGGGUUGCACUUCUGGUCCUGAGGGAGUGGGAGAUUAUGCAGCAGGUGUGGACCCCUCAUGGCCUUCAACAGCCUCAGAUUGGAUCUAUUCUGCACCGUGGGGACUUCGGAGGCUUCUAAACUACAUCUCAUUAGAAUAUUUGAGUGCUACCAAAGUGCCUAUCUACAUAACUGGGAAUGGAAUGCCAACAGCAUACAGCAGUGAAACCAUCAAUGAUGUAAGCAGAGUAGAGUAUCUGAGAAGGUACAUCAACGAGGCUCUGAAAGCACAAGCGACUGAUGGAGUUGAUGUGCAACGAUUCACAGUGCAGUCACUCAUGGAUGGGUUUGAGGGCCCGCAAGGCUAUAGUGAAAGAUUUGGUCUUACUCAUGUGAACUUUGAAGAUGCAAACCGACAAAGAACCCCAAAGCAAUCAGCAUAUUUCUUCUCUGGUGUUAUUGAGAACAAUGGUUUUGGAACAGCCACACGCAGUUUUAAAAAUGUGGCAGAAAUAACAGUGACUCCUCGUUCUUCCAAACUUUUAGCUUCAGAGGUUCCAUCUGAAGCAAAGGUAGUGUGGGACACCCUGUCCAGGCAAUCCAGGUUCCGGAGACACGUGUAUCACUAUGGCACUUUCCCACAAGACUUCAUUUGGGGGGUUUCAUCUUCAGCUUACCAAAUUGAGGGUGGCUGGAAUGCUGAUGGGAAAGGACCCAGCAUCUGGGAUAAUUUCACUCAUGGAAUAAACACUAUCCCUGAGGUUGCAAAUGGAGACGUAGCUUGCGACAGUUACAACAGACUUGAUGAAGACCUGUUCAUGUUAGGGGCUCUGAAAGUGAAAUCAUACAGAUUUUCCUUGUCCUGGUCCAGAAUCUUCCCUGAUGGAACACGCUCUUCUCUCAACCAGAAAGGUGUUGACUAUUACAACAGGCUAAUUGAUGGUCUCUUGGCUCGUGGCAUCACUCCCAUGGUAACACUUUAUUAUUGGGACUUGCCUCAGGCUUUACAAGAUAUUGGCGGCUGGGAAAGUAUACAAAUGAUCAAUUUGUUUAAUGAUUACUGUGACUUCUGCUUUGCCACCUUUGGCGACAGAGUCAAAUUCUGGAUAACCUUCAACCAGCCUCACACAAUUGCUUGGGCAGGAUAUGGAACAGGUGCCAUGCCACCAAAUGUCAACAGUCCAGGAAGUGCACCAUACGAAGUUGCACACAACCUCAUAAAAGCUCAUGCUACAGCCUAUCACACAUACGAUGACAAGUAUCGUGCAUCACAAGGUGGUCUGGUCUCCAUUGCCCUAGAUGCUGACUGGGUUGAACCUUAUGAUGUUAAUGUCCACCGGGAAAUUCUGGCUGCUGACCGCGCGAUGCAGUUCAGGCUGGGUUGGUUUGCACACCCCAUUUUCAAGAAUGGAGACUAUCCUGAGGCAAUGAAAGAACAAGUUCGUGUAAAAAGUGAACUCCAACGGCUGACAGAAUCAAGACUACCUUCCUUCACUGAGGAUGAGAAAAACUUCAUUAGGGGAACUGCAGAUGUGUUCUGUAUAAACCACUACACCACCAAAAUAGUUAAUCAUGUAACGGACCAACUGACACCUCCAUCCUAUCAAUUUGACAGGGACAUUGUAGAAAAUGAGGAAACCAAUUCUCCAACUACAGUCAUAGGGGGCCAAAGAGCUGUAGCAUGGGGCUUAAGAAGACUCCUCAACUGGAUAAAGGAAGAAUAUGGAGAUCCAGACAUUUACGUCUCUGAAAAUGGUGCUGCUACAGAUCGGGGAAUGACUUGGGACGACAUUGAUAGAGUAUUUUUUUACAAGACCUACAUUGACGAGGUUCUCAAAGCUUAUGAGCUUGAUGGAGUGAAGGUCAAAGGCUACAUUGCAACAUCUCUCCUGGAUUCUUUUGAAUGGUUACACGGCUACAUAUAUGCAUUUGGGUUGCAUUAUGUAGACUUCAAUGACCCAAACCGUCCAAGAACCCCAAAAUUUUCAGCUCAUUACUAUUAUCAAGUCAUGAAGAAUAAUGGUUUCCCUGAAACAGCAGAAUUUGGAAAGCUGUGGGGACAUUUUGCAGAUGGUUUCAUGUGGAGCACUGCAACAGCAUCAUACCAGAUUGAAGGAGCAUGGAGAGCAGAUGGGAAAGGUAUCAGCAUCUGGGAUAAGUUCACCCACACUCCAGGCAAAGUGUUGAACAAUGACAAUGGGGACAUAGCCUGUGACAGUUACAAUAAAUUAGAAGUGGACAUUGGUUUAUUGAAGCAGUUAAAGGUAACCCACUACCGUAUGUCCAUAUCAUGGCCACGGGUGCUCCCUGAUGGUACGAUAAAUAACAUUAAUGAGGCUGGGGUCGAUUACUACCAUCGUGUGAUAGAUGCACUGCUUGCUGCAAAUAUCCAGCCUCAGGUCACACUGUACCAUUGGGAUCUUCCACAAGCUAUAGAGGAUCAAGGAGGCUGGUUGAGCGAUAUUGUUGUGGACAGAUUCAGGGAUUACGCAGACUUUCUUUUUAGCCGUUUUGGACAAAAAGUCAAGUUUUGGAUCACAAUCAAUGAACCAUAUAUUAUAGCUCUUUUGGGCUAUGGUUAUGGGUCAUUUGCGCCAGGAAUUAGCCAUGACCCAGGCUCUCUACAUUACGUUGCUGGCCACAAUGUGAUUAAGGCACACGCAGAGGCCUGGCACGUCUACAACGACAAAUAUCGAGCCGAACAAAAAGGAAGGAUUUCCAUCACUCUCAACUCAGACUGGGCAGAACCCCGAAACCCCUACAAGCAAGAGGACAUCGAUGCUGCAAAGCGUUACAUGGAUUUCUUCCUUGGUUGGUUUGCCAAUCCCAUUUUUAACGGAGACUAUAAUGAACCGAUGAAAAGAAUCAUUCGAGAACGCAGUCUUGCAGCUGGUUUGGAGAAAUCCAGAUUGCCUGAAUUUACUCCAGCGGAGAUAGAGAGGAUUAAAGGCACGCAUGACUUUUUCGGGUUAAACCAUUAUACAUCUGUUUUGGCAUUUAGUGUUGAUUUUGGGGACACUCAGAACUACGAUGCAGACAGAGGUGUAGUGGUGAUUUCUGACCGAACCUGGCUUGAGAGCGGCUCUAACUGGCUGAGGAUCGCCCCACUUGGGUUCCGGAAGCUUUUGAAGUACAUAAAGGAUGAGUAUGGAGAUCCUCCAAUCCUUGUUACUGAGAAUGGUGUGUCAGAGAAUGGACCAGUCGAUCUAAAUGAUGAGCACAGAUCUUUCUUCUAUGAGAAUUACAUCAACGAGGCGCUUAAAGCUAACAUGACUGAUGGCGCCAAUGUCAUCGGUUACACUGCUUGGUCACUGAUGGACAACCUGGAAUGGGCUUCUGGCUAUGGAGAGAGAUUUGGCCUUUUCUAUGUGAACCAUACAAAUGCCGACAGGCCUCGUACUCCUAAGGCCUCUGUGCCUUUUUACACCACUAUUGUCAGGUGCAAUGGAUUUCCAGACCCUGCAGAUGGACCUCAUGAUUGUACAAACUCACUCUCUUCAACAUCUGCGCCUAUAUCUGAAGCAGUAACAAAAGAACCGAUCCAAGAAAACCCCGUGAACUUCCUGGGUAUGAAGCUCUCCAUCGAUGAAGCUGUGACUGGACUCAACACCACCUUUGCUUUGCUGAUAGUUUCCGUGGUUGCAGUGGCUGGUGUAACCGCUUUGCUCAUUGUUUCAAGAAAGCGUUCAAAGAAAAGGAAGAAUGACCCGCAGGGCAGGCCAUCCCUGGUCAUCAAGAGCUACAACCCUGCCUGUUUUCUAGCUCUUUCUGGACUCCUCAAUGCUGACAACCUCAGGAUCAAUCAGGAUGUGGAAUCACUUGAAGCAUCACAAUCAGUGGGCUGCAUCAGUGCAGCCUUUAGAGCCAGAAUGAAGGAGCUCUUGUGGGUUGCGUGUCUGUACAUCUUCUGUCUUCAUGGGUGUGGAAGUCUUGGGGUAAAUGUAAAAGAGGACUUCAUGCUCCUUGCAGGUCCUCUGAUUGAAAAUGUGGCCACAAGCCCUGACAAGGAGGGACUUGAUGUCUCUGAGUGCAGCCUUCCCAUAGUUGCUGCUUCUGAGCCGUAUUUGAAGGGGCUGCAGAGCAGAGGGGUGACCCACGUCAAGGUGCCGCUGUCAUGGGCUCAGCUCCUUCCCACGGGUCUGGCCAGCCAGCCCCAGCAGGAUGCGCUCCAGUGUUACAAGACUCUGAUGAAGCAGCUGCUGAAGGUGGGUCUUCAACCUCUGGUCAUCCUCCAUGGAUCAACCGUUCCAGACACUCUGAGGGCAAGGUAUGGAAGCUGGGUGAGCCAGGAGCUGGUAGACAUGUUCCAGCAGUAUGCAGAGUUCGCCUUCAGGGAGUUUGCAGAUCUGGCACACUCAUGGGUGACUCUCAGUGACUUGGGCAGCAUCUGGCAGAACGGACCGACCGCUCAGCAAAAUAUUCUGCAGCUCAACAAGAAUGUUUACAAGAUCUUCCAUGAACAUAUUCCAAGCAAAUUGUCUGGGAGAAGGGGUUUGUCUUUUGGUUUGGAUGCGGCAAAUGUGGCCAUCCUCUCCCAAAUUGAAGCGUCAACAACUGCAGAUUUCCUGUCUGUGCAUAUUGAGUACAGCUGUGCCUCUUCAGCAGACUUUGAACAGAGCCUGAGAAACAUGCAGAUAUCCAGCAGAAACUUGCCUAUCCUCAUAUCAAAGAUGAAUGUUCGCGACUGCACUGAUAGCCAACAUGAGCCUCUCCGAGAGUUACUGCAUGUACUUCAAAGCAGUGGACUGAAUAUCAUUGGAUGUGACAUUGUGGAUGUGUUACUCCGAAUGGAUGUGCAGGAUGCUUCAUUUGGUUAUCAUCAUCAAGACUCAAUAGGGAUUCCAGAGUCCAGGAAUGCUUAUCAGAGUGUUUGGGAUAAAUUUGGCUCCCAAACAGCAGCAGAACGAGACGUGUUCCUUGAUGAGUCUUUCUCCUCCGGUUUCCAAUGGGCAACCUCUGCAGAGUCUUUCAAGGUGGAGGGCGGCUGGUUGGAGGGCGGCAAAGGAGAAACCAUUUGGGAUCGCUUUGGCCAUGAUAACUUAGCCUUUGAAAAUCAGACAGCAGAUCUCGCUUGUGAUAGCUACAACAAAGUGGAAUAUGAUGUCUACCUGCUGAGAGGUCUUCAAGUCAAUACCUAUCAGUUUUCCAUCUCCUGGGCUCGAAUUUUCCCAUCAGGCCACAGAGACAGCCAAACAGAGAAAGGAGUUCUCUACUAUGACAAGCUCAUCAAUACGCUCAUAGAAUCUGGCAUCCAGCCUGUUGUCACACUCUACCACUGGGAUCUGCCACAGGCCCUCCAGGACAAUGGUGGAUGGACCAACCCAACUAUUGUUGAUGCUUUCAAGGACUAUGCAGACUUCUGCUUCUCCAGGUUUGGAGACAGAGUCAAGACCUGGAACACAUUUAGUAGCCCCUGGGUGGUGAGCCAUGCUGGACAUGGUACUGGUGAGCAUCCUCCUGGAGUAAAAGACUACGCUUCUUCCUCUUAUCAGGUCACUCACAACAUAAUCAAGUCUCAUGCGGAGGCUUGGCAUGUCUAUAAUGACAAGUACAGGGCAACUCAGGGAGGGAAAGUGGGCAUUGCACUUAAUUCUGACUGGGCUGAGCCCAAAACCCCAGCCAACCCAGAAGACAUUGCAGCUGCAGAUCGCUACCUGCAGUUCAUGCUGGGCUGGUUUGCACAUCCCAUUUUUGUAGAUGGAGAUUAUUCUGUGGCACUGAAAACACAAAUUGAGCUAAAACUGAAAGAGUGCCCCAGCUCUCCACCAGCAGUGCUCCCAGUUUUUACCUCUGAAGAGAAGGCCAGAAUAAAGGGAACAGCUGACUUUUUUGGUCUAAACCAUUUUACCUCUCGGUUGGUAAAUACCAUUAAAGGUGGUUGCACUUCUGGUCCUGAGGGAGUGGGAGAUUAUGCAGCAGGUUUGGACCCCUCAUGGCCUUCAACAGCCUCAGAUUGGAUCUAUUCUGCACCAUGGGGACUUCGGAGGCUUCUAAACUACAUUUCAUUAGAAUAUUUGAGUGCUACUAAAGUGCCUAUCUACAUAACUGGGAAUGGAAUGCCAACAGCAAACAGCAGUGAAACCAUCAAUGAUGUAAGCAGAGUAGAGUAUCUGAGAAGGUACAUCAACGAGGCCCUGAAAGCACAAGCCAUUGAUGGAGUUGAUGUGCAAAGAUUCACAGUCCAGUCACUCAUGGAUGGGUUUGAGGGCCCGCAAGGCUAUAGUGAAAGAUUUGGUCUUCUUUAUGUAAAUUUUGAAGAUGCAAACCGACAAAGAACCCCAAAGCAAUCAGCAUAUUUCUUCUCCGGUGUUGUUGAGAAUAAUGGUUUUGGAACAGCAAGACAUGAUUUUAAAAAAGUGACAGAAUUAAAGUUUACUCCUCGUUCUUCCAAGCUCUUAGCCUCAGAGGUUCCAUCUGAAGCAAAGGUAGUGUGGGACACCCUGUCCAGGCAAACAAAGUUCCAGAGACACGUGUAUCACUAUGGCACUUUCCCACAAGACUUCAUUUGGGGGGUUUCAUCUUCAGCUUACCAGAUUGAAGGUGGCUGGAAUGCUGAUGGGAAAGGACCCAGCAUCUGGGAUAAAUUUACUCAAGCACCUGGCAACAUUCCUGAAAAUGCAAAUGGAGACGUAGCCUGCGACAGUUACAACAGAAUUGAUGAAGACCUGUUCAUGCUGAAAGCUCUGAAAGUGAAGUCAUACAGAUUUUCCUUGUCCUGGUCCAGAAUCUUCCCUGAUGGAAGACGCUCUUCUCUCAACCAGAAAGGUGUUGACUAUUACAACAGGCUAAUUGAUAGUCUCCUUACCCAGGGUAUCACUCCCAUGGUAACACUUUAUUAUUGGGACUUGCCUCAGGCUUUGCAAGAUAUUGGCGGCUGGGAGAGUGUACAAAUGAUCGAUUUAUUCAAUGAUUAUUGUGACUUCUGCUUUGCCACCUUUGGUGACAGAGUCAAAUUCUGGAUAACCUUCAACCAGCCUCACACAAUUGCUUGGGCAGGAUAUGGAACGGGUGCCAUGCCACCAAAUGUCAACAGUCCAGGAAGUGCACCAUACGAAGUUGCACACAACCUCAUAAAAGCUCAUGCUACAGCCUAUCACACAUACGAUGACAAGUAUCGUGCAUCACAAGGUGGUCUGGUCUCCAUUGCCCUAGAUGCUGACUGGGUUGAACCUUAUGAUGUUAAUGUCCACCGGGAAAUUCUGGCUGCUGACCGCGCAAUGCAGUUCAGGCUGGGUUGGUUUGCACACCCCAUUUUCAAGAAUGGAGACUAUCCUGAGGCAAUGAAAGAACAAGUUAAAAUAAAAUGUGAAUUCCAAGAUUUGCCAAAUUCAAGACUACCUUCCUUCACCGAGGAUGAGAAGAACUUUAUCAGGGGAACUGCAGAUGUGUUCUGUAUAAACCACUACACCACCAAGAUAGUAAAUCACUUAACGGACCAACUGACUCCUCCAUCCUAUCAGUUUGACAGGGACAUUGCAGAAAAUGAGAUAACUGAUUUCCCAACUACAGCCAUAGGCGGCCAAAGAGCUGUUGCAUGGGGCUUAAGAAGGCUCCUCAACUGGAUAAAGGAGGAAUAUGGAGAUCCAGACAUUUACAUCUCUGAGAAUGGAGCAGCUUUAGAAGCAGGGACCUUGUGGGAUGACAUUAACAGGGUAUUCUUUUACAAGACCUAUAUUGACGAAGCUCUGAAAGCCCAUGAACUUGAUGGAGUAAAAGUAAAAGGCUACAUUGCAACAUCUCUCAUGGAUUCUUUUGAGUGGUUGAAUGGCUAUAAACUUGGGUUUGGAUUGCACCAUGUGGACUUCAGCAAUACUAAUAGACCAAGAACACCUAAAUAUUCAGCACAUUACUACUACCAAAUCAUGAAAGACAAUGGUUUCCCUUUGCCAGAUGAUGAAAGGAUGAUAUGGGGACACUUUCAAAAGGACUUUAUUUGGAGUUGCGCAACAGCAGCAUAUCAGAUUGAAGGGGGAUGGAGAGAAGAUGGAAAAGGUCUAAGCAUAUGGGACAAGUUUGCUCAUACCGCUCUAAAAAUUGCCAACUAUGACAAUGGGGACAUAGCCUGUGACAGUUACCACAAGAUAGAUGAGGAUGUUGCCAUUUUGAAGCAACUUAAGGUGACGCACUAUCGUUUCUCAAUAUCCUGGUCAAGGAUUCUGCCUGAUGGCACCAUUAAUCAUAUCAAUGAUGCUGGACUGAACUAUUAUCACAGACUGGUGGAUGCACUCCUUGCUGCAAACAUCCAGCCACACAUCACUCUUUACCACUGGGAUCUUCCACAAGCUCUGCAGAAUGUUGGUGGCUGGGAGAACGACACUAUUGUCGACAGAUUCAAAGAUUACGCUGACCUCAUUUUUAGCCGUCUUGGCCACAAAGUCAAACUUUGGGUCACCAUUAAUGAGCCAUAUAAUGUAGCAAUGGUAGGGCAUGGCUACGGAGUGUCUGCCCCAGGUGAAAGCUUCCGACCUGGAACUUUGCCAUACAUUGUCGGCCACAACCUUAUCAAAGCUCAUGCAGAAGCUUGGCACAUAUACAAUGAUAAAUACCGGGCUGAACAGAAAGGAAUGGUCUCCAUUACCAUCAACUCUGACUGGUCAGAACCAAGAAAUCCCCAUAAGCAAGAAGACAUUGAUGCCUCAAGACGUCUGUUGCAGUUUUACAUCGGCUGGUUUGCUAAUCCCAUUUAUAAUGGAGACUACAAUGAAGUGAUGAAGACAGUGGUUCGGGAGCGCAGUAUUGCUGCUGGUUUGCCAAAAUCUCGGCUGCCUGAGUUUACUCCAGAGGAGAUUAAGAGAAUAAAAGGCACUUAUGAUUAUUUUGGCUUCAACCACUACACCACCGUUUUGGCAUUCCCAGUAGAGUACGGAAACCUUCAGCAUUACGAUGCAGACAGGGGAGCGGGCACCAUUGUGGAUCGUACGUGGUUGGAUUCGGGUUCGGGCUGGCUGAAGGUCACACCGUUUGGAUUCCGCAGAAUAUUAAAUUUCAUCAAAGAGGAGUAUGGAAACCCCCCAAUUAUUAUUACUGAAAAUGGUGUUUCGGAAAGAGGACCCAAGGAUUUAAAUGAUGAGCACAGGAGUUACUUUUAUGAGAAAUACAUCAACCAGCUGCUAAAAGCUUACCUGUUAGAUGGCGUGGACAUCCGCGGGUUCACAGCCUGGUCACUGAUGGACAACCUGGAAUGGGCCACUGGUUUUUCAGAGAAAUUUGGUCUUUUCUACGUUAACCAUUCAGAUCCUGAUCUGCCUCGUGUUGCCAAAGCCUCCGUUUCUGCUUAUUCCACCAUUAUCAGCUGCAACGGAUUCCCCGAUCCAGAACAGGGACCUCAUGACUGCAUGUCACCUGAACCGGAAGCUACUAAAGAGCCAGAAGGAGACAACUCUGUAAGCUUCCUGGGCUUACAACUGUCCGUCAGCGAAGCUGCGACUGGACUCAACACCACCUUUGCUCUGCUGGUUGUUGCCGUGUUUGCAGCCAUUUCCAUGACCACUUUCUUUGUUAUUAAAAAAAAGAAAAAAUAAUGUAGAGAAACAACAUGAGAUGGAACUGUACAACUCUGAGGUCCAACAUCACUGACCUGUAGCUAUUCACAAGCUUCUUUAAGUAUUUUACUCUGUAAAUAACUUACAAAAAUGUUUCAUAUUUCCUAAUUAAUUUCGUUACAGCUUAUAUGAUCACGUUCCUUACGUUUUGGCAGAAUGUCUACUUUUAUUAUCCAGAAGCAUGAAACUAAUAUCCACUGAUGUAAAUUCUUACACAACCAGGUUGAUUAGUUACAUAAUGAAUAAAACAGUGAAAUAAAAAAUAAAGUAUUUCCUGACUUG